AUGCCUUCUCUCCGCACCGCUCUUCUUUUCCUGAUGGCCAGCUCUGCAACAGUCUACGCAGAGCACUUGAAGGUCGUCUGGUCAUCUGGUGACUUUUCAACCAUCUCCGGUCCUGCCGGCGGCAACACGAACGGCCAUUACUCUGGCUUUGCUAUCAUCAACGAUGCGGGUGAAGCUAUCUAUGACCAAGGCUUCCCCGACGACCAUGCACCUUGCUACAACACCGGUGACGGUCGGGAGUUUACCAUUGAGGGUGACUGCUGGAGUACCCCACGCAAGUUUAAGUGCAAGGCUGACUUUGGAGGCCACCCUGAAUCCUGCGAAGUCAAAGACGGUGAUGGCAACAGCCUUGGCACUGGAGAGGGACAGGAGGACACAACAUUCAUCGGUAUCGCGAUCGGCCAAGAUGCUAGCUGUGUCGUUGAGUUCGAAUCCGACAGUGACGGCUGCCCUGUUGAUGACGGCAACGGUCCCCUUCACGUCACCUCAGGCUAA